AUGCAGCUCUGCGACCUCCUUAACGCCAGCUCCGGGCAAGUGAAGGAUGUGGUGAAGGCAGUGAGGAAGCGCAUCGGCAGCAAGAACAGGAAGACGCAGCUCCUCGCGCUCACUCUCCUGGAGACGCUGAUCAAGAACUGCACGGCGUACGUGCACCGCAUAGUGGCGGAGAAGGAUGUGCCAGCAGAAAUGGCCAAGAUCGCCCGCAAGAAGUGCGACGAGGAGGUACGAAUGCGCAUACUGGAGCUGCUGGACGUGUGGCAGGAGGCGUUCGGAGGGGCAGGCGGACGGCCGGUGCAGUUCUUCCUGGCGUAUGACGAACUCAAGCGCAUGGGCAUGCCCUUCCCCCCCCGCGACCCCAACCGAGUCGUACCGGUCUUCACCCCGCCCCAGACGCAACCCACAGCCGCGCCCUUCAGCCACGGCCCUCCCCAGAUGUACCCUCCCCAGUCGUACCCUCCCCAGGGCUAUGGUGGGCCUGGGCGCGUGCCAGUGGCCAUGGGGUACCCCGUGGGGAGUGGGGGAGCAGGGGGCGCGGGGAGGGGAGACGAGGAGAUUCCUCCGCAUUUGCUGCAGGCGACAACCGCAACCACUAUGACGGCGGCCGACCUGGUGAAUGCGCGCAGCACGGUGGACCUGCUGGGGGAGAUGCUCGCCACAGUGGACGCCAAUAACCCCGUGGCGGCUACUGAUGAGGUGAUAAGCGAUCUGGUGGAGCAGACUCGCACACUGCAGCAGCAGCUCACAGCCGCACUCAACACAUCCACCGACGAGCAGUUUCUCUUCCAGGGCCUGGCGCUGAACGACGACAUGCAGAAGCACCUCGACCGCCACAGCGCGCUGCUCGCCUCGUCGCUGCACCGCGGGGGAGACGGCCGCCACAGUGAUAGCAGCAGCGGCGGCGCCUCCCCUCCCCACCCCGGGGCCUACCAAACAUAUCCCGGUCAGAACGGGGGCCAAGGUGGGGGUGGGGUGGUGAACCGCGGGCAGCAGUAUGAUGAGUGGGCCGCCGGGGUGACGGCUGGGCUGCCCUUGGCUCGAUUUGAGAGCGAUCAGACUGAGGAAGAGGAUGGGGAGGGCGGGCUGAGAAGGUCCCACGGAGCACAGGCCUCUGCCUCCACUGCUGCUGCUGCUGCUGCUGCUGCUGCUGCUGCAGGCCCGUCCUCUUUCCAACCGGCACAAGCACAGACCGCCUCAGCAGGUCAAUCAGGUCAAGGGGGUCAAUCAGGGCAGCCCCCUCAGCAAUCACUGGCAGCAGCACGAGCCGCCGCUGCAGCAGCAGCAGCAGCGGCUGCCACAGCUGUCCCUCCUCCCACCCAGGACCUACUCAGCCUCGACCUUGUCCCAAUGGCCCCUCCUCCCCACCCCCACCCCCCCACCUUCACUGCCAAUGCUCCCGCCUCCUCCUCGCCCUUUGACUCGCCGUUUGACGAGCCGCCGUUCCAAGCCACUGCUGGCCCUGGCUCCUCUGGUGGUGCUGCUGCUCCGUAUUCCUUGAGCUCCUCGUACCAGCAACCGCAGUACCAGCAGCGGCCGCAGCAAGGGUAUGGUGGCCCAGGGGGGUAUGGCGGCAUGGGAGGAGGCAUGGGAGGGAAUAUGGGAGGGGGUAUGGGUGGUGGGAUGGGUGGUGGGAUGGGUGGGGGUAUGGGUGGGGGCAUGGGAGGUGCGUAUGGUACCGGUACAGUUGUGCCGGGAGGCCCGAACCAGCCCGCUUCAUACGUGGUGCCGUGGGCUCGUGCCGCACAAAGCUCCAGCCCCCAGCAGCAGCAACACCCGCCCCAGCAGAAGCAGCAGCAGAGUCCAGGGGGGGCUGCCUUGAGUCCGCAGCAGCAGGCGAUGCUCUUCGGUGGUAACCCACCCCCCCUCAACCUGUCGCAGCAGGGAGGAGGGUCGUCAGGUGGAGGGAUGGGUUUGGGGGGAUCGAGCACCUACGGGCCGAACCCCACUUACCCCUACCACCACCAGCAGCAGCAGCAACCGAGGCCGGGAGGAGGUAUGAUGGGUCCUGCCCCUGAGUAUGUGCAUGGCCAGGCAUUUAGAGGCACAGGGUAA